AUGGCGGGUUUCGCGUCGUCCAGGUGCUGGAGAAUUACGGCAUCGGCAACGGGGGACAUUAAAAAGCUCAUGGAGUCCGGCUUCUACACCGUGGAGUCCAUCGCGUACGCCCCCAAGAAGCACAUUUUGGCUGUUAAGGGCAUCAGUGAAAUGAAGGCGGACAAAAUUAUGGCGGAGUGUGCGAAGUUGGUGCCCAUGGGCUUCACCUCGGCGGUGGUUUACCACGAGGCACGCAAGGAGAUCAUCAUGGUGACCACCGGCAGCCGCGAGGUGGACAAGCUGUUGGGCGGCGGCAUUGAAACAGGUGGAAUUACGGAACUCUUCGGGGAAUUCCGCACUGGAAAGACGCAGCUGUGCCACACACUCUGCGUCACUUGUCAGCUGCCCAUUUCGCAGGGUGGUGCGGAGGGAAUGGCGCUCUACAUAGACACCGAGGGCACCUUCCGACCAGAAAGGCUGGUUGCAGUUGCGGAGCGUUACAAACUGGAUGCGCAAGAUGUGCUCGCCAACGUCGCCUGCGCCCGCGCCUUUAAUACAGAUCACCAACAACAGCUGCUUCUUCAGGCAUCUGCAAUGAUGGCUGAAAAUCGAUUUGCUAUAAUUAUUGUGGAUUCUGCCACAGCGCUCUACCGCACAGACUACUCCGGACGCAAUGAGCUUGCAGCAAGACAGAUGCACCUUGGGAAGUUUCUUCGCUCGCUGCACAACCUUGCGGAGGAGUACGGCGUGGCCGUGGUCGUGACCAAUCAGGUUGUUGCCAACGUAGACGGCUCUGCACAAAUGUUUCAGGCGGAUGCAAAGAAGCCCAUUGGCGGCCACAUCAUGGCGCAUGCCUCCACCACGCGACUGAGUCUUCGCAAGGGGCGGGGCGAACAGCGCAUCAUUAAAGUCUACGAUUCUCCCUGCCUUGCCGAGGCGGAGGCCAUAUUUGGCAUUUACGAAGACGGCGUAGGGGAUGCAAGGGAUUAG